UGAAAAUGGUGGUAGAGUGUUUACAAGCAGUGUCGAUAGAUGUGUGAAACACUAUUAACACUUGACCAUCAAUACUGGUGUUUACUGGACACCGUUAACAAAGGGCUGUCAUAAACAACUGGACAGACAUGGAUUGUGGUCUACCUCUACCCAGACUGAGUACGGCGACAACAUUCCAGGACACCGAGGACGUGGACGACAUACAGGAGGUGCAUGUCAACUACAGAACGGGUGCCAGCUUCGUGGGUACCGUCAAGAACCACAAAAAAGUUGGAAAAGGAAUUUUCACGUGGCCCAAUGGGAGCAAGUAUGAGGGAUCUUUUGUAGAAAACCAUAGACACGGCACAGGGGUUCACAUUUGGCCGGAUGGCAGUCGUUACGAAGGGAUGUUUGUGGACGACCUUCGUCAUGGUGAUGGACACAUCCAGUGGGCUAAUGGGGAGGUAAACCAAUCAGGGCUGUACAUUGAUGAUGAACGAGAGGGUCCCGGCGUCAUGACUUAUGCCAACGGUUCACAAGACAUCGGAUUGUGGUAUGGAGAAAAACUCAUCAAAAUUUGCUCAGUGAUCGAAAAUGCUUUCACGUUGGCCAAUCACCGAGAAUUUGACUUCAAUCCGCGAGAACACACACUAUACAUUGACUUAGCCGAGAAGGAGCAGAAGCCACCUGUUUGUGCAGACAGUACGAUGGAUGUUUGUGAACCGCUGCAAGCUGACGUGUAUAGUGUAGACUUGGACCCACGCAGUCUGGCCAUCAACAGAAAGGCGUUUGAUGAUGAAUUUUUCAGUACACCAAAGAAAAAGAAUUCAAAUGAAGAUAAUUCAAAUGAAGAUAAUUUAAAUGAGGAUAAUUCAAAGGAAGAUAAUUCAAAUGAAGAUAAUUUAAUGAAAGAUCAGUCAAAUGAAGACAAUUUAAAGGAAGAUCCUACAAAUAAAGAUAAUUUUAAUAAAGAUCAGUUGAAUGAAGAUAAUUCAAAUAAAGAUCAGUCAAAUGAAGAUAAUUCAAAUACAGAUCAGUCAAAUGAAGAUAAUUUAAAUAAAGAUCAGUCGAAUGAAGAUAAUUUAAAUAAAGAUCAGUCGAAUGAAGGUCAUUCAGAAGAAGAACAGGAAACACAGAUCGCAGCUUGGAACAAGACCCCUCUCCUGAUACAGAUUCAGAAAUCGGUCUACAAACACCGCGCACGUUCGAGUGAAGUUUCGUUUGACGUCAAUCAAGUCGUUAGAGGUGAGCGGGUUUCUUCUCAAGCACAAGGCCCCUGUGAGCUGGCGUCAGAACAGUACCUGAGGGCUGCGAUAGAUGGAGAUGUACGGAGAGUGGAAUCCUUACUGACCAGCGGUCUUGUGCAUCCCGAUGUAGCUGACCGGUCCGGCCAUACAGCCCUUAUAGGCGCUACGGUAAACUGGCACAUGGACAUAAUAAAUAUUGUCUUGAACCACGGUGGCGACGUGAACAAAGUUAAUAAUCAAGGAUCGUCCGCUCUCUCGGCUGGGACUAUUUUCUUUUAUCCGAUCGACUGUUUUCGAUACAACGUGGCUGAACGGUACUUGACCAACGCUCCGACGUUCAAGCGACGUCUUUCUAAAAGUGGCGACCACCCAAAGGGAAUAUUAUCGAGCAAGCAGCCAUAUGGACAGGAGCGGAGACUCAGUCUGCUCAACAUGGCCAAACAUCAGAAGUUCAGUGACGCCGAUAAGCAGGUCCCAGGGGUGGGGAUCGCCAGCGUCGACAGCGGUGUGCGAAUUGUCGACAGCAGCGUGGCACUGGAAUCAGACAAAUUGCAUGAGACUGCUGUUAAAUCAAUCGUGGAAAAGAGCCUCAAGAAAGAGACAGUCACGGAUGGCGGUCGUCGUAUGGAAGAUGUUCUAGCCAAGCGUGAAGGUCGCGACUCAGCGAUUGACAGCGAAACAGAGAAGCCUGAGGAAGUGGAGGAAGAGGAGGAGCUGCCUGAAGAUUUUGAAUCUGAUCAGCGUUUGUACGAUUACAAGAUCGAGGUUUCUGACCACCUGCUGGAGCGGUGUGCCACCCAGCUGAGCACCAAUGAGAGGGUCGUCAGUCGACAGUCACGGGAAAACAGCGCCGGGCUCGGCACCGCUCGACUCCUAGCAAUUCAGAUGUCCAUUCAGGAGGAAAUGAAGAAGACCCUGGAUCUGUUGUUGAGACGUGGUGCAGAUCCGAAAGCGUCCAGCGUGCCGAUGCCUGUCCUCUUCUUCGCAAUCAAGGCUGCUGAUGUUGAGAUGGUCACGACGUUGCUCUUGAAGGGAGCAUCGACUGCCGCAACACUUCCUAAAGAGAGAGGCUGCCUAACUCCCCUGCACAUAGCAAGUGCGAUCCCCGGGGAGGAGGGUGUACAGAUGACCAAGUUACUGCUUGACGCACUCGCUGACCCCGAUGCACGGGCUGACGAAGAUGACUCAUUUCUCAACCACACACUGGAGGAAGAAUGGAGUAAAGAUGUUAUUCCUGAGGAGAGUCUGGCCAUUCUCGGAGGGCGCACCCCGCUGCAGAUUGCUUGUUCCAGAGAUGACAACUACAAGCAAGCAAGUCGAGUUGUCCACUUGUUGCUGGAGCACAAUGCCAAUCCAAAUCUGUUAUGUAAUGGGUUCUCUCCCCUGGCUCUUGCCAUUGCCAGUGGCAAUGAUCAGGCUAUCGAUGAACUGUUAAACUUCGGAGCUGACCCAAGUCUGCGACUGACCCACGGUGUCGGCACGGCGCUGUGUGUGGCCACGUCCACCGAGUAUGAACACCGCAGAAACAUCAACGCCCGCAUCCAGCUGGUGGACAAGCUGGUGAAGGCUGGCGCUGACAUCCUAGCCAUGGUUCCGGUGGGAAUUAAACGUAUCCUGGGGACCUCUGUUGACUACGCUUACUACAUGUUCAAUCAGGACCGUCGUAUUGCACACAUGCCAUAUCACGCACUCACGCAUGCUGAGCGGGAAACGUACAAUGCACGACGCAGGCUUCUCGCUCACAUUGGAGGCAUCUUGCGGACAAAGGCUGUGGCACAGGAACGCAAACGAUUACUGGAGGAGGCGCAGGCUGGAAGGAGAAGUGGGAGUCCAAGUGUCGACUUUGUGUACGUAGGAGCUGGAGCUCCAGUACCGACAGGAAGAUCAAGAUCCAAGAUGGCCAUCAAACAGGGGCAGGUAACCUUUGAUGCCGGGACAGAGGACACAAAGAAACCCUCUGAAGCAGAUAUUAGAAAUGAUGGUGUGAAAACUGUUUAUCUACACGAUGUCAGCCAUUUUAAAAUAAAACGUUCUCGAAAAAAAGACGGUCCUCAAUUACCCACCAGGAAGCCCCUGUUCAAGUACUGCUAUGAGUGCGGCAGGUCAAUAUUUGUCCGUCUGUCUGCAUGUACUCGCUGUAAGGAAGUGUUCUACUGCAGUAAGGCCUGUAAACUGAAGGCCUGGAACGCGAGACACAAGGAUGAAUGUAUCCGAGUGGGAGGGCGAUCGAGAAGUCCGAGCCCGACACGAGGUCACAGCCCGACACGAGGUCACAGCCCGACGCCAGCCACCAACCUCGACAAAGACCGCAAGACCACCAUCGCCGAUAUCAAUAAGAAAGGAAAACGAAUCUUGGUUCCGGUCCACGGGCUCAGUAAAAGUGCUACAGCAGGAUCCUUUGCCGCAUGUGGUCUUUACGACUCACGUGGCAUUCUCAUCACACAGGGCCGCCUGGGCUCGCAGGGCACUCCUCAUGGUAGUGAUGAUUACAUUGAUAACUACAGUCGGGUGUGAGAAUAGCAUUGAUCAUUACAGCUGAUUAUGAAGUUAACAUUGAUAAUUACAGCUCAGUGUGAAGAUAAUUACAGUUAAGUGUGAAGAUAUCAUUGACAAUUAUCAUUGAAUGUGAAGACAACUACAGGUGGGUGAGAGGAUAACAUUGAAAACUGGACUCGAGCGUGAGGAGGUCAUUCAUUAUUACACUCAAAUUUUAUCAUAAUGUUGAUAACUACAGUUGAAUGUGAAAAUAACAUUCAUAAUUAAAGUUGAAUUGGAAGACAUUGAUUAUAACUGUAGUUAAAUGUGAGGGUAACAUUGAUAAUUACAGUUGGGUAUCAGAAUAACAUUGAUCAUUACAUUUGAAUGUGAAGAUGACCUUGAUAAUUACAGUCACAUAUGGAGAUAACAAUGAUAAUUACAGUCAAGUAUAAAGAUAAAUAAAGUCAAGUAUAAAGAUAACUGUGAUAUUACAAUAAAAUAUAAAGAUAACAUUGAUAAUUACAAUUAAAUAUAAAGAUAACAGUGAUAAUUAAAGAAAACAAUGAAGUUAACAUUGUUAAUUGCAGACAAAUAUGAAGAUAACAGUGAUAAUUACACUCAACUAUGAAGAUAAAAUUGAUAAUUACAGUUAAUAUGAAGAUUGCUGAUAAUUAGUCAAAUAUGGUUUAAACAAUAUUUAUUCUCAAUUAUAAUGCUGGUUGGGGUUUGGCCAACAGGCAAAAUGCCUAUACCAAGGCCUCUCCCUAGUCAAUUAGUCAAAUAUGAAGAUAAGAUUGAUAAUUGCAGUGAAAGAUGAAGAUAACAUUGAUAAUUAGUCAAAUGUAAAGAUAACAUUGAUAAUUACAGUCACUGAACUAAUGUAAACUGCCUCUUUUAUGGGAAUGACUGGUCUGAUGAUUUGACUAAUGUAGAACGAGAAGAAGAAGAAGACAGUCAUAUACAUGUAUGAAGAUAACAUUGAUAGUUAUAGUCAAAUAUCAAAUAUGAAGAUAAUAUUAAUAAUUACUCAGAUGUGAAGAUAACAUUAAUACUUGCUGUCAAUAUGAAAAUAACAUUGAUAAUUACAGUUAGAUAUGAAGAUAACUGAUAAUUAGUCAAAUAUGAACAUAAAGUUGAUAAUUAGUCAAAUAUGAACAUAAUGUUGAUAAUUACAGUCAAAUAUGAAGAUAACUGAUAAUUAUAGCCAAAUGUGAAGAAAUUUGUUACAUAAAUACACACAUAAUCAUUUUUGAAACAAUAUUGCAUAAUUGAUUUAUUAACAAGUUUAGCUUUAUAUUAAUUCUUACUUGCAGUGCAAUACAAAAUUAUUGUAAAUUUGUCUGUGUUUCAUGUGAUAUAUCCUACACUAUGCAGGCAUUAAAAUAAGUUGAGAAUGGUCGUUCACGUUACCUGUAGGUUACCACAUAUCAAAAAGUCGAGAAUGGUACUUCCUUCUCCACAGAAUUUUAUUUAAACAAAAACCACACCACCGAAAUGUGGAUAAUUUGUAUCAUUCAUUCACUAUCUAUGAAUACCCAAUCAGAAAACUUGUAUGUUAUCCUGUCAGUACAUUGUAUGGCUAACAGACAACUGUUACAAUGAGCAGUUUAAUGUUUUGUGUUUUUCAACUUGCCCACAGUUUAGAAACUAUCAUUUACCUGUUGAAUAGUACGUACUGGAGAGGUGGACUUUAUCAACAGUAAUGAAUUUUAGUGUGCACUUUUACACUAUAAUUAUCAGUGUUGUUCAUCUUCAUAAAUACGUUGGUGCCGCACCAUGCUGACGACUUGACUUUAAAAAGCAUGUCCACCAUGCUCAAUAAUCUUGUAUUUCCCUUCAAAUGUCAACAUUUCAAAUAUACAGUGAAACCUGCUCUAGCUGCUACCCAUGUUAAGAGGCCACAUUUGUAUUCUCUCAAAUCAUCUAACAUAGUAUAUACUGACUUGUAUUAAGCAGCCACCUGUUUUAAAAGGCCACUUUAUAGUACUCCCUUUGAUAGUUGCUUAACACUGGUUUAACUGUACAUUACAUGCAAAGGCCAAGAAAUCGUAUCUAUGGGUAUGUCAUUUCAAUAAUGUAAUAUGGUGGCCCCCUCCCCCAAUUAAGCACCUCACCCCAGUUCUGGGCUCUGUGACAGUGGUACUAACAUUCAGCCGUGGCACCAACCUGGUCAUUUGGAGAACUCUCAGUUUUACAUACCGGUAUAUAAACUGUAUUUGUUUGGGUUUUUUAUUUUAUAUUUAUACUCUGAACCCUGUUGUUCAUUUAGAUCUGAAUAUAGACUGUUUACUGUAAUCUGUGAUAUCCCAUUUGUCAAAAUUAAAGUGUCUUUUGGUACAAAUAUGUGUCAAUAAUUUUUUUUAAAUAUGGUGUCCUAACUAAUAAAAAUAUUACACUAUGUGUACUUCUUUAAAAUGUAUAUAAAUGUCUAUUAUAUUUAUACAGUUACUGAAUAUUUUUUCAAGAUAUUUGUCUUGAUAACCAUUUUGAACAUAGUGGUGAAAGCCUUGCUUGCAAUACUUUUAUUAAGGUUUAAUAUUAUAUACAUAUAUGAGAUGUAAUUGAAAAAUUCUUCAUCCAAUUAGCAAAGGAUUGUUUGCAUGAUAUGAUUAUAUGCACAACUGACAGAUAACCACUCGGUACAUAGCCAGUAAAGUAAGGCAUCUUGCAAAAAAGAAUUCAGAACAUCUUGACAAAGUUACUGUCCAUGACGAAGGUUUCACAGGAGGUGUGCUAUAUUCCAUCAGAACCAUGCACCUGUUUUCUUAUUGGUGGUGACCAUGAUUGCACUGCAUGACACUGGCUUUCAGCUUAUUGAUCACCAACCAUAUUCCCCAGAUCUAGCACUGUCUAACUUCCAUCUAUUUUGUAACCUGAAAACAGAGUUAGCUGGCAGACAUUACACAACUGAUAAUGAUGUCAUUUCCAUUGUUGAUGAGAUUUUCGAUCUGCAGGAAGAAUGAAAUCACAGGAAUGAUCCACACACUGCAGCACUUUGGAAGAUGUGUGUGUACUUCAAGAAUUGUUUAGUCACCCAUCUUAUAUAAUACACAUAGAUGAUAUAAGCUGUCAUUUGUCAGAUUUCCAAAUACAAAUUAUAGUUGAAUGUGCCGAAUGUAUUUCAUGAUUAAAUUGCAAUAAAAGCUCAUUUGAAAACAAAACAUGCAGAUACAUCAAUUUUCUUGUAUUUUGUUUGUCUAACUCAAACUUGAAAUUGGCUACAGACAUUGUGAUGAUAUUUUUCAACUUGCUGAUAAUUCGUUUGACUCCCAAGUUAAAUCACGUAUCUGUGUACAAUGAAACCUCUCAUAGAGCGGACGCCCACAAAAUGAAGUAGUCUAAAAAGUCCACUUUUAAGGGGUAUCGAGUUUUGUGAGCAUCUGUUCUAUACUGAUAUUUAAAAAGGGACUGUGGAAAAACGUCCAGUUUUGGGGGGAUUUCAGUUUACAGAGGGUCCGGUUUUGGAGGGAUUUCAGUUUACAGAGGUUCCGGUUUUGGGGGGAUUUCAGUUUACAGAGGGUCCGGUUUUGAGGUGUUUCACUGUAUUUAUAACAUGAAUCGAUCAAGUGAAUGAAUUUACAAAGGUGCUGAAUAUAUCAGUAGUAAGAGUAAUUGUAUAUACGGUAGAUAUUACAAAAUAUAUUUCUCAAGUUUUUCAAGUGUGCUUUACUGCAGUGAAUAAGUUGCCAAGUACAUACAUGUAGUAUUACCUGUAAGUGAAGACUUAUAUACAAGUAUAUAAUGCCUCAUCUAUGUUCUAUUUGUCAUAUACCAUUUGUCAUAUACCACAUGUACAUAUUGGCUGUGAAAUUUGACUAUGAAAUGUGUAACAAAAGAAAUGUUAGUAUUAAAAUUCAUGUUUUUA